CUGGUCUCUGUCGUUGCGGAAGGCUCGAAGCCAUGAGCUUGGCUUAUCCACUCCUCCGGCUCCCAUGCCGGUGCUCGCUCCCGCCGCCGCUCGCGUCUACCGCGGCGAUGUCGGUGGUGUCGCUGUCGGCCUCCGCCGCGGAAGGUGAGCCGAGGGGGCGGGAGAGGAGGCAGCAGCGGAACGAGGCGCGGGAGCUGCGGGCGCGGGACUGGAAGGAGGAGGUGCAGGAGCGGCUGAUCCACGAGCCGGCGCGGCGGCGGAAGAAGCCGCCGAAGAGGACGUGGCGGGAGGACCUCAACCUCGACCUCCUGGCCGAGCUCGGCCCGCAGUGGUGGCUCCUCCGCGUCUCCAUGGCGCCCGGCACCGACUACGUCGACCUCAUCACCAAGGCCAUCUCCCGCCGCUACUCCGAAGUCUCCUUCAAGAUCUACAAUCCAGCAAUCGAAGUCAAGAAGAGACUUAAAAGUGGUUCAAUCAGUACCAAAUCAAAGCCUUUGCAUCCUGGGUUGGUCUUUCUGUAUUGCACCUUAAACAGGGAACUUCAUGACUUUCUCAGAGACACGGAAGGUUGUUAUGGCUUCAUUGGAGCAACAAGAGGUUCCAUUAAAAGGCAGAUUAAAAAGCCUAAACCUAUUCCAAUUGAAGAAGUUGAAUCGAUUUUUAGAAAAGAAAAGGAGGAACAAGAGAAGGCUGACAAAGAGUUUGAAGAACUGGAAAACUGGGAUAAUGUCAAGUCUUUUGGUAAACCUGUUGAAGGCACUGAACUUAUGCUAAUUAAUAAAAUCAAGAAACAGGUUAAGAAAUCAACUUCAAAAGGUGGCUCCGGAGACAACACUUCUACACCUGGUGCCAGUGUUCAUGUUCUCUCCGGGCCUUUCGCAGACUAUAGCGGCUCUGUUCUGGAAGUGAAUCGCAAAAAUAAAAAGGUUACUGUACAGUUGACACUUUUUGGAAAAGAGAGCUUUGUGGAUCUAGAUUUUGACCAAAUCGAGACAGUCAAUACUUAAUGGCAUCUUGCAUAGUGCAGUAUGAGAAGUUUUAUCAGCUGGAGCCUCGUGGUAUGAACGUCGGUAUGUGCAUCUGUUGAAGACCAGCUGAGCGAGCCAACAACUCGGCAAAAGUAGCUAGUUUGUGAGCCACCGCAAACAUUAGCCGGAGUUACGGAAUGCGGGUCAUAUUUCACGAGGAUUCGAUCUGUUGAACUAGGAAUUCCACAAACUUCAGCUUGGUUGCUCAGCUCACAAUUCGCCUCUAGUUCUAUCAUGUAGAAAGCAAUGUUGUGACCUUAUAUUUUUUUUUCUGUAGCACCAUAGGUUAUUCAUUUCAUAUCCUGGCCAAUAAAUUUGUUUUCGAUCAACUUGAAAUGGGAGAAAAGAAAAAGAAUGCGUGCCUUAUCAGA